GGCAUCCGCUGCUUUUCAUCCCGAACAGCCUCCCCGCUCGGUCACCAUCACGCCGAGCAACCCAACGCGACUACAACCCUCGGCCCAGAUCGGCCGUCCCCAAUCGCAAUCAUCAAUCAGUAGAGGUAUACAGGCAUCCGAUCGAAUCGCUGCCGACCAGCGCGAUGGCUGCUGCUGCUUCCGGGCAACAGCAUCAUGCAGCGGCAGGAGGACCGUCACCGUCACGACCGCCAUUGUUCCAAUUCCAGGGGCAGCAGCAGCAGCAGCAGCAGCAUGGCCCGCCAAAUGCCUCCGUCUACAGCGACGACGGCCAGCAGAGCGGCGACGAUGACGACGACGACGACGACGACAAUAACCACGCAAAUGACCAGGUGCUUCCUAAUGGCAAGCGAAAGAGACCCCUUUCUGUCUCGUGUGAAACUUGCAAAACUCGAAAGGUAAAAUGCGACCGCGGUCAACCAGCCUGCGGAUGGUGUAGUAGAAAUACAGUCGUGUGCGAGUACAAAGAACGAAAGAAGCCCGGCCUCAGAGCAGGCUAUGGCCGCGAGUUAGAGCAACGUCUCGACAAUCUCGAAGCAGAACUCAAAAGACACGCCGACAUCUUAGCGGCACACGGACUCGACCUCAACACGAGCCCGGGGAGUGUCAACACUCGUGCUACGCUCAGCAUCAAUGCCAAUAACAGAAAUAACCAUGCACCAUCAGGCCAUCGGAGCACACCAAGCCUGCCGAGCAACGGCCACGGCACACCGCGCGAUACAGGACCCCCUCCGGUCUUUGCUCACGCCGGCCCAGAUUCGGCUGAGAGGGCUCUAUUCAUGCACAAACCCCCGACUUCAGCCGAUUUCAGUCUGGGCCCUCACACUCCAGCCAUUGUCCAUGACAACUUCCAGCAUGUGGCAACUCCCCAGCCUCGGAUACAGCCGGCCAUGACCCCUAGUGCGGCCGUUCAAGAGUACUAUGGCGCCCCCCGAGCCGUCUCCCAUCAGAUGGCGGGUCCGUCGCUAACAGCAGCUGUUUUGCCGGCCACGCAAGGGCAAGGAGGUGCUGAACAGGAGCUUCCUCCGUAUGGCGUUUGUUACGCUCUCAUGGAGCUAUACUUCAAGCACAUCCACCCAUGGUGUCCAAUCCUGAACCGUGAGACCACAAAAGAUCUGUUUUUUGGCGAGAGAAUCCCGAACGAGGAAGAAAAGAUCCUGUUGCAUGCCAUUGUGGCUACAGCCAUGAGAUUCGCAACGGACAAGAUGCUCCCCAAGGAGAGUCGGCAGCGUUUCUACACGGCCUCGAAGCAGCGUGUUUUACUCUAUGGAAUGGAACAUUCAUCCGUCAUGUCGCUACAAGCCCUGGUGAUCCUUGCGCUGGAUCUAUGCGGUAGUAGCAACGGACCCCCAGGAUGGAACAUCAUGGCUCUCAUCACUCGAGGGGUGGUGCAGCUUGGCUUGGCCGUCGAGACGAACUCCAUGACAGUUUGUCCAAGCUAUCCCUCAAUCUACACUCUUCGCGCCAUGGUCCUUCCAGAACCCCGCGACUUCACCGAGGAGGAGACCCGCAGAAGGUUGUUCUGGAUGGUAUAUGUGCUCGAUCGCUACGCUACCAUUUCCACGGCGUUCGACUUUGCGCUCGAUGACAAGGAAAUUGACCGGACCCUUCCAUGCCGCAACGAACUGUGGAUUAAGAAUCAAAAAGUUGAGACUAGAUGGUUCUACGCCGCUGACGAUGAUAGCCGACUCAACAGCAACAGCUCCGCCGACUACCAAGUCAACAAGCCCGAGAAUCUUGGCGCCUUCAGCUACUAUAUCGAAAUCCUGGGUAUUCUCUCCAAGAUCCACAAGUUCCUCAAGCAGCCCGUCGACAUCUCAUCUCUCACCGAUGUUGAAAAUUGGCAGCACCGCUAUCGAGAACUGGAUACAAUGCUCAAAGUGUGGAAAUUCGAACUCCCCGAUGACUACAGCAACAUGGCCAAGAUCUAUGAGCACCCCAGGGUUGCCCGUACUCUAAACUGCGCCUGGAUCAUGCUCCAUGCGACCUACCACACCGCCGUCAUUCGUCUGCACUCGUCAGCCGCAUACCCCACCGUCCGUUCACCCAUCUUCUCUCCUUCCUACAUGGCCUCUCAAACCUGCCGCGACACAGUCAAUAAUAUCCUUGCCCUGGGUAAAUUCGUCGUCGAAUACAACUUGCUCUCCACACUUGGCCCUCCCUUUGCGUUCACGCUCUGGGUCGCUGCCCGUGUUCUACUGGUUCACGGCAGCACCGUUGAGCGCAGCCUCAACCCGGAUAUCCAGUUCUUUGUUGACACCCUGCGCGAGAUGGGCAAGUACUGGCCCGUAGCCACGCGCUACUCCAAUCUCCUGACGCGCGUACUAGACGAAUACAAGGCCAGCGUAAGCGAGGGCGACGAGGUGACGCCCAGUAGCGUGCGGAUUCUGGCGGACAUGCGACGGACCGCAUUCGACUUGGACCUGUUGAUUAGUCGCCAGCCUAGGCAUGGCUCGCGGCAACACGGAGCAUUGACGGGCACCGCGGCCGGAAACAGUGUGAUGAGCGCAGGCGUCAUGAUGCCUGUCACCAAUAACAGCAACGGACAUUUUGGUAUGGGAACAGAAGGAGGAACAGGAGGAGGAGGAGGGGGGGCCAACGAUCUGGAAUAUCUCGAUGUUUUUGACUUCUUCAACAUGCCCAGAUUUCCUCUGUCAGCCAUUGCCCCAGCACAGAAUGCUAGCGGAACUGAAACGAACCAGAACCACAGUAUGGGCCAGGGACAUGGUAUGGAGGGCGCUGGCGGCGGAAGAGGACUAAUUGAUGAUGGCGAAAGUGGUAGCAAGCAGCCGCCAGGCCAAGGCAUGGGCAGCGAUGUCAUGCAUGGCUCGGCAAUGGGAGGAGGAGGAUCGGCACAGGGAGUGGGGCAGUUCAACAUCAUGGACUUUAUGGUGUAUCCUGAGCGCGAUUGGCUUGAGAAUCCUCGCGGUUCUUCUUGGGUCGAUGCUACAGGAGGAAGGCCUGAGCAAGGGACUGGUGCCAGUGGCCCUAGAGCAAGAACUGGGACUGGAAGCGCGGAAGGCGCUGGGGCGACUCUUUAGGGCUAGGAGCGCCCCCAGAACCCUCAACCCCCGCAUCGGACAGGAAGUAAAAGGAAAUACAAGAGGGUGGUUUGCAUCCGAUGUAAUUGGGCCAAACAGAAGUGUGACCGCCAACGCCCUUGCUCUAAUUGCAUCCGUCUCAACAAACAAGAUGAUUGCCGAUAUGAGUAUUGAACGCGUCCGCGGCCAAGGAGCAGCCAGCAGCUGUCUGGAACUGGUGCUGCUGGAACACUUAGAACAACUAGCACAGGCGAAUCGCAGUUUAGAUUAUAUUUUAUUUUCUCGGAAGGAUCAAGGAAACAGGUAGCGAGCGGGCCUGGACGCGUGAUCUUGGGUAUAUAGCGCGUAACCCAAUACACAAAGGGGAUGGCUUAUAAUGUAGUGCUUUGGCAGGCAUAGGCAUAAGCAUGCUGGGCUUUUCUUGCUUGUUGUACAACGGAAAUAGCGAGUACAAGGUAGUCACUUGAAUAACUUAACGAAGGGGAAAUAGCGGUAUUCUUUGAAGUAAUGUUUAUCUCGGACCUAUGCGUCCAUUCUGCUCUUCU